AUUAAUCUACCUUCGCAGAACGAUGGCGAAAAUUACAAUCUGACAUCUACUUAUUGGAUCAUUUUAGGCGGCUUUUUACUGCUCUCCGCCUACCUAAGCAUGAUAGCAUUAUUUAUGUAUUUAUUUUGUGUGUUCUCUCGAUUAUAUUCACAAAACAACAACAAAGACGAGGGAAAGCCCAACAUGAGAAAAAAACCCAAUGAAUUCUCACGAGAUGAGAAUGAGACUACGUACAUACAUGCGAACAUGUAUAUUUAUCUCAAAACAAAUAUUAUUCGAAAGAACUUUUUGAUCUCAGUAUAAACAGAUCGGUCGGUUAUAGAAGUCACGAAGUUUCACUUGGAAAGAUUUUGCGGGUCGCACAUAAAUGAGUCAGCAUCGUACAACAUCAGCUGCUCGUUCGGUGAAAAAAUUAGAAUUGUAUUGCCAGUAGUUGUAGUCUCUUAAUGUAAAAGGGAAUUAAACUCAUUAAAAUCGAGUAAAAACAAAAACAACACAAAAAAGGCAACACAUUAAAUAACAGGAAAACGGAACUGAAAACAUGGCAACAGAUAAACAAAGCAACCUGGCCGAUGAAUGCCUAUAUGAAAAUGUUUACUAUUCCAAAAAAAUUUCCGAUGCGGCAGAUUACCGAACUCCGGAACUACUGCAACAGACCCAAAAACAGGCCGACGAAAUUGUCGAAAUAAUGUACAAAAAUGUCACCAAGGUAAUGGACCGCCAAGAAAAACUGGAGGAUCUAAAUGCCACCGCCGAAGCACUGGAGCAACAAGCCUCGACAUUUCAAACAACAGCUGUUACAUUGAAACGGGAAAAGUGGUGGGCCCACAUGAAGACAAAAAUUAUUAUUGCCAUUAUAAUUGCUAUUAUUCUGGUUAUAUUGAUCGCAACACUGGUAUCUGCAUUUGGUGGGUCUUAACGAUACAACUGACAAGUAUUAAAGUGCAUACUUAUAAGUGGCUCUAACACAUCGUUAAUGUAGUCGAAUACAUAUUUAUUUUAGCUGUAACACUAACUAUUAAGAAAUGUUAUAAACUUGAUUUUAAUUAAAAUCCACUUAAAUGCAAAUGUUUUGCAAUAGGCAUUCCUCGUGAGUAUAGAACGAAUAGACCUUAAAAGUAAAAUUUUAAUUGUUUAUAGUCGAUGAACAAUAAAUAAAUACAUGAUUAUACCUUUUAAUUAUUCAGAA